AUGAUAUACUCUGGUGAGAUAGAAAAUGGCCAAAUGCAUGGCCGCGGCUGCCUGCAAUAUCCCAAUAAGGAGAAGUAUGACGGCGACUGGGUCUUUGGCAAGCGUCAUGGCACCGGCGUGUACGUCUACGCCGACGGCAGCCGCUACGAGGGCGAAUGGGUUGAUGACAAGGUUCAUGGCAACGGCGCCUGCUAUUACACCAGUGGGAACGUAUAUACUGGAGAAUGGAGUAUGGGCCGUAUUAAUGGACGUGGUGUUCUUGAGUACCACGAUGGCGACCGUUACGAAGGUGAAUGGAAGGAUGGGCGUAUGCAUGGCAAGGGCACAUAUUGCUAUUCUAAUGGAGACAAAUACGAAGGUGAGUGGAAAGAAGAUAAGCGUCACGGGAAGGGUGUUGUGGUAUAUGCUGCACCGGAUGGAUGCGUUUCAGAAAAAUACGACGGCGAAUGGAACGAAGGCCGCAUGCAGGGAUGGGGUAAAUACUUUUAUGCCGACGGUGGCGUCUAUGAGGGCGAAUGGGUCGAUGGCAGGAUGCACGGGAGGGGUACGUACGUGUUUCCUAACGGGAAUAAGUAUGAGGGUGAGUGGGUGGAGGACAGAAAAGAUGGCUACGGUAUUCUUCUCUACACUAAUGGGGAACGGUACGAGGGCUACUGGCACCUCGACAAGGCUCACGGAAAGGGUACCUUAACAUUUCUUCAAGGUGAUCGCUACGUUGGUGAAUGGCACUACGGUAAGAAGCACGGACAUGGUGUUCUCAGCUAUAGCAAUGGGGACACAUAUGACGGCGAAUGGCGUGACGACGAUGCGUGGGGCUAUGGCGUGCUGCAGUACGCAAACGGAUGCCGGUACGAGGGUGAGUGGGCUGAGGAUCGCCGCCAUGGAAAGGGUCUUCUGGUCCUUCCCGAUGGAUCCAGCUAUGAGGGAUCAUUUGCGCAUGGAAAGAAGGAUGGCCCCGGGAAGAUAAUUCUCAAGGACGGCUCCAUGUACAUUGGAACCUGGAAGGAUGGGGUCAUUGUGGGUCAGGGUGAAUUCCGAUUGUCUGAGAACUGUGAUCUCAGCAAUCCGGAUUAUUAA